AUGUCACAGAUUGAUGGAUAUCAUAUGAUGGUAGUUUCAAAGUAUUUUUCAACUUUUCAAGAUUUUAUAACUCUUCAAAUAGUUUGCAAAAAGUAUCAAAAUAAUAUGGAAAAAUUUCAUUUCAAUCCAAUUCCGCUGACAUUUAAAAUUCAAAAAUAUUUUCCAAAUAUCGAAACACUUCAUUUGUGGAGUGUCUCUGAUGAAACAUUUCAUAACAUAAUUAUAAAAAAAGAAGAACGUUAUAUCAAUGAGACUCCCCGACACUUCUUCUGUAUUAUUGUGUGGUAUAAAGUGUCUUAUGAAGACGCCCAAAUUAACACAACAGACACUAUUCUUUUUAAAAAUGUUGUCUUUACACAAAGGGACAGAGAAAUUUAUGGAACUACUGUUUUAAACACUGCAAAACCACAAAUUUGUUCUCUUGGUGACUUGGCAUUUUCAUAUUCAAAUAUAACAGAAUUUCAAAUUCCACUACAAAUCACUUCAAUUGGACAUUCCUGUUUUUCAUAUUGCAAAGAACUCAAAAAAUUUUCAUUUUUAGAGAACAAAUACAUCAAAACAAUAAACACGGAAUUGCUCUUUUGUGGAUGUACAAAUUUGAGUUCAGUGGAUAUAGCGGAAUGUGUCAGUGAACUUAAAGAAGAAUGUUUUUCAAAGUGCAUUUCAUUAAGUCAUAUUAUACUACCAAGAAGUGUCACUUCAUUAGGAAACAAGUGCUUUUUUCGGUGUUCAAAAUUGACACAAAUAAAUAUUCUCGAAAGUGUUGUGUCAAUUGGAAGUGCUUGUUUUGAUCAAUGUGAAGCAUUGAAUGAAAUUGAUAUACCCAAAAGUGUUAUUGAAUUGAAGGAGAAGACGUUGUAUGGGUGUUACAAAAUGAGUAGAGUUGUGUUACAUGAAGGCCUAACAUUAUUAGGAAAAUAUUGUUUUAAUGCUUGUAUGCAACUUGAAGGUAUUGUACUUCCUCAAAGUCUCGUAAGUAUCAAUUCUUUCUGUUUUAAUUGUUGUUCUCAAUUAAAACUCAUUCAAAUACCAAAUAACGUGAAAAGUAUUGGAGAAGCAUGUUUUGCAUAUUGUGAGGAGUUGAGAGAAGUUACAUUACCAGAAACUUUAAAUGACAUCAGUGACGCGUGCUUUGCUUAUUGUAAACAAUUGACACAAAUUAACAUUCCAAAACGGGUGACAAAAAUCGGAGAGUGUUGUUUUUAUAAUUGCAAAGCACUCAAAACAUUGGUUGUGCCAUGGGGUGUCACUGUUUAUGGACAGUUUUGUUUCGAUGAAGGUAUAAUGAUCAUAAAAAGUUAA